AUGCUUUUCGACCGGCGCAUUUUUGCUCUGGUCGUCGUGGUCUGCCUUUCGGCGAUCCAUGCAGAAGAGACGGAUGAGGAGUUGAAUUAUGAGAUGGAUGAAGGAGUCGUUGUGCUUACAGACAAGAACUUUGAUGCUUUCUUGAAAAAGAACCCAAGCACUUUGGUCAAAUUUUAUGCUCCAUGGUGUGGUCAUUGCAAACAUUUGGCACCGGAAUACGAGAAAGCCACAUCGAGGGUUUCGAUCCCUCUUGCGAAAGUUGAUGCUACUGUUGAGACGGAGCUUGGAAAGAGAUUCGAAAUUCAAGGUUAUCCAACUCUUAAAUUCUGGAAGGACGGAAAAGGACCAACCGAUUACGAUGGAGGAAGAGAUGAGGCAGGAAUCGUUGAAUGGGUUGAAUCGAGAGUUGAUCCAAAUUACAAGCCACCACCAGAGGAGGUUGUCACAUUGACAACUGAAAACUUUGAUGACUUCAUCUCAAACAACGAAUUGGUUCUUGUUGAGUUCUACGCUCCAUGGUGUGGACAUUGCAAGAAAUUGGCUCCAGAAUAUGAGAAGGCCGCCCAGAAGCUGAAGGCUCAAGGAUCUAAAGUCAGACUUGGAAAGGUUGAUGCGACUAUUGAAAAGGAUUUGGGAACCAAGUACGGUGUAAGCGGAUAUCCAACAAUGAAGGUUAUCAGAAAUGGAAGAAGAUUCGAUUAUAAUGGUCCUCGUGAAGCUGCUGGAAUCGUCAAGUAUAUGACUGAGCAAUCAAAACCAGCUGCUACUAAACUCGCUAAACUGAAAGACAUUGAGCGUUUCAUGAGCAAAGAUGACGUCACCAUCAUCGGAUUCUUUGCCACCGAAGAUUCAUCCGCCUUUGAAGCGUUCUCUGAUUCCGCUGAAAUGCUUCGUGAAGAGUUUAAGACAAUGGGACAUACAUCAGAUCCAGCUGCUUUCAAGAAAUGGGAUGCCAAGCCAAACGAUAUUAUCAUCUUCUACCCAUCCCUUUUCCACAGCAAAUUCGAGCCAAAGAGCAGAACCUACAAUAAGGCAUCUGCUACUUCUGAGGAUCUAUUGGCAUUCUUCCGUGAGCACUCAGCACCACUUGUUGGAAAGAUGACCAAGAAAAAUGCUGCUACAAGAUACACAAAGAAGCCAUUGGUUGUGGUUUACUACAAUGCUGAUUUCUCGGUUCAAUACAGAGAAGGAAGUGAAUACUGGAGACAGAAAGUUCUGAACAUUGCUCAGAAGUACCAGAAGGAUAAGUACAGAUUCGCAGUGGCCGAUGAGGAAGAGUUUACCACUGAGCUCUCCGAACUUGGACUUGGAGAUUCUGGACUCGAGCACAACGUUGUUGUCUUUGGUUAUGAUGGAAAGAAGUACCCAAUGAAUCCAGAUGAUUUCGAUGGAGAGCUUGACGAAAAUCUCGAGGCAUUCAUGAAACAAAUCAGCAGUGGAAAGGCAAAGGCUCAUGUCAAGAGUGCUCCAGCUCCAAAAGACGAUAAGGGACCAGUGAAGACAGUGGUUGGAUCAAACUUUGAUAAGAUUGUCAACGAUGAAUCGAAGGAUGUGCUCAUCGAGUUCUAUGCUCCAUGGUGUGGUCACUGCAAGAGCUUUGAGCCAAAGUACAAGGAACUUGCUCAGGCAUUGAAAAAGUCCCAACCAAAUGUGGUCCUAGCUAAAAUGGAUGCCACUAUCAACGAUGCACCAAGUCAAUUUGCUGUUGAAGGAUUCCCAACCAUCUACUUCGCUCCAUCUGGAAAGAAGACUGAACCAAUCAAGUACUCUGGAAAUCGCGAUCUUGAAGACCUCAAGAAGUUCAUGACGAAGCAUGGAGUGAAAUCAUUCCAGAAGAAGGAUGAGCUGUAA